AUGCUGUCCAGGACGUCGGCUCCCAAGGCAGCCUCUGCAAAGGCCCUGUCGCGCGUCGCCCUGCCGUCGUGCAGCCGCCUGCCCGCGCCCGCAACCUCCUCGCCCGCCGCCCACGCCCCGACCAGCGCCCGCUCCUUCGCCACCGUCCAGGAUGGCGCCCCGAAGCGCACCUACGGCGGCCUCAAGGACCAGGACCGCAUCUUCCAGAACCUCUACGGCCGCCUGCCCCCCGACCUCAAGUCCGCCAAGAAGAUGGGCGACUGGCACAAGACCAAGGAGAUCAUCCUCAAGGGCCACGACUGGAUCAUUGGCGAGAUCAAGGCCUCGGGCCUGCGUGGCCGCGGAGGCGCCGGUUUCCCCUCGGGUCUGAAAUGGUCUUUCAUGAACUUCAAGGACUGGGACAAGGACACCAAGCCGCGAUACCUGGUUGUCAACGCCGACGAGGGCGAGCCCGGAACCUGCAAGGACCGAGAGAUCAUGCGAAAGGACCCCCACAAGCUCAUCGAGGGCUGCUUGGUCGCCGGCCGUGCCAUGAACGCCACCGCCGCCUACAUCUACAUCCGUGGCGAGUUCAUCCACGAGGCCGCCGUCCUGCAGCACGCCAUCAACGAGGCCUACGCCGACGGUCUGAUUGGCAAGAACGCCUGCGGUUCCGGCUACGACUUCGAUGUCUACGUCCACCGUGGUGCUGGUGCCUACGUCUGUGGUGAGGAGACCUCCCUUAUCGAGUCCCUGGAGGGCAAGCCCGGCAAGCCCCGUCUCAAGCCUCCGUUCCCCGCUGCCGUCGGUGUCUUCGGCUGCCCUUCUACCGUCGCCAACGUCGAGACCAUCGCUGUCGCCCCGACCAUCUGCAGAAGAGGUGGCAACUGGUUCGCCGGCUUCGGCCGUGAGCGAAACCAGGGUACCAAGCUCUUCUGCAUCUCUGGCCACGUCAACAACCCUGUCACCGUUGAGGAGGAGAUGAGCAUCCCGCUGCGCGAGCUUAUUGAGAAGCACUGUGGCGGUGUCCGCGGAGGCUGGGACAACCUCUUGGCCGUCAUUCCCGGUGGCUCAUCCACACCUAUCCUGCCCAAGAACAUCUGUGACGACCAGUUGAUGGAUUUCGACGCCCUCAAGGACAGCCAGUCUGGUCUGGGUACCGCUGCCGUCAUUGUCAUGGACAAGAGCACCGACGUCGUCCGUGCCAUCUCCCGGUUAAGUCAUUUCUACAGACACGAGUCUUGCGGACAAUGCACACCUUGCCGUGAGGGCAGCAAGUGGACAGAGCAGAUCAUGAGCCGCUUCGAGAAGGGUAUGGGCCGCGAGCGCGAGAUUGACAUGCUCCAAGAGUUGACCAAGCAGGUCGAGGGCCACACUAUCUGCGCUCUCGGAGAGGCCUUUGCUUGGCCCAUUCAGGGUCUCAUCCGCCACUUCAGACCUGAACUAGAGGCACGGAUGCAGAAGUUUGCCGCAGAGAACGGCGGCGAGGCGUUGGCUGGUGGAUGGAAGGCUGAUUCGAGGGCUCAGGGUAAGCUGGUUGCACCCGGCCAAUAG